UUGGAAUCAGCGUGAAAGCUGAAUUUUGUUUCUACAUCCCAGAGUGGAUGUUAAUAAUUAAUUAUAAUACCACAGAGACAAUAUCUCUGAACUCUGAACUUAUGACUAAAAAAAAGCAUAUUUACACAUAAUUACAUGAACACUGUACACUCUUAGAAAUAAAAGGUACAAAAGCUGUCACUGGGGGUGGUACCUUUCAAAAGGUACACUUUUGUACCUGUUAGAUUCAAAUAUGUACAUUUAAAUACUAAUACAUACCUUACCUACAUACCUACAAAAUGAUUUAAAAAUAAAUUCUUAAACAGCAUAAGGGUUAGUAAGCAACAGGUGUGGUCUUCAUAGUUUGUACUUUGGAUGUGUAUGACAGUAAAAGAGGCUGUAAAAACAACCUGAUCAGAACUGAUACAGGAUUGCUCUGACAAUGUACAGGAAAAACAAUAUUUAGAUAAGAAGACGGAUGAAAUAUUUUACAGUCAAACUGUUUUAGCUGUAGCAGACGAUCAAGUCAUCAGGAAAUAAUGAAAGCUUUGUGAGGAGAGCAGCACAUUUCACAGAAAAACGCUGAAAAGACUGGAUGGGAAUGGAUGAGAUUACAGAAAUAUCCCUCUGUCAUGAACAAGGCAUUUGUCUUUCGGACUGUCCUAAACUGAGAAUUGUCCUGGUUGGAGUGACAGAAUCUGGGAAAAGUGCUGUUGGUAAUGCUAUCAUGGGCAAGAAAGCCUUUGACGAGGUUGGGGUAAAGACCCGACUGAGUUUCCCAUUUCAGGGUCUUGUGAGAGGACAGCAGGUGCUAGUGGUUGACACUCCAGGGUGGGAAUGGUUCAACGUCAGUGGCUCCUCUGCAUCAGUAUGGCCAGUGAAGAAGGAGAUAAUGAGAAGUAUGAGUCUGUGCCAGCCUGGAGCCCAUGCCCUGCUGCUGGUGGUCCCACUGUCAUUCUCGUUCUCCCCGCGUGAACGCUGUGCAGUGGAGGAACAUAUAGAGCUCUUUGGUCCAGAUGCCUGGAGUUACAGCUUGGUGCUCUUCACCAUCUUAGACAGAAAGCAGUUACGUGGCUCCACCUUAAAGCAAGAAGUGAUGUUAAACGUCGAGCUACACAGGCUGAUUGAGAAAUGCGGAGGCCGUUUCCAUGCUUUGUACAGCAAUCCCAAAGCAGGGGAGGACCAGGUGGCUGGCCUUCUGGCUAAGAUCAAGAAAAUGAUGGCUACAAAUGGGGAGACUAUGAUCUCCAGUGAGAAGGUGUUGGAACAAGCCAGAGAAAUGGAGAAAGAAGAGGUGAGAAGACUGAAGGAGGAGCAAAAAAGAGAUGAGACAAUAGAAAAAGUGAGACAGUUAAGAAGGUUGAGAAGGAACACAGACCAACGGAGAGUGGACGGAAAUAGAUAUUCACCUAGGUACAAUAUGAGCAGUGACCAGCCUCUCAGCAGCAAAAGCAGCUUUCGCCAGAGCUGCAAACAACAGUAAACGACGGAGAAAGGACCUCACCUAAAACGCCAACAUCCACCACUGCAACUUCUACAUCUCACCACCAGAGGCCAUCAUCGCUUCGCAUCACCAGAGUGAUAACUCGUGACCCCAAACCAACUAGCAAAUGAGGAACAUGAACUUUAGCACUUUGUAACUUUAGAUGAUUUAAAUGUUCAAAGCUGAGUCAUAAUGCCUUGUCGUAAUAUUUUGAAAAUAAGCUCAUGGUAGCAAAAGAAUCAUGGCACUUAAAAAAAAAUAAAAUAAAAACAUCAACUGUACUUCUACUGUUCUUUUGCCAGUUUUACGGUUUCAAAAAUGUCAAAAAAGUGUAAAUCUAAAAAAAAAAUGUAAAUGUAAUGUAUACUAAAUAAAACAAGGAUUUUUGGUGACAUUUUACAAGUGAA